GGCAGCUCCGAGGUGUACCCAGCAUGGGCAGAGGGCUGUCUGGGCCAGAGAUGAAUCCAGCCACGCAAUGAAGCCAGGGGGGUGCUCACAGGACCAGGACGCUGCGCACACAUCUGGGGGGCCUUCUGCACCUUGUCCUGGGCUUUUGGGGCUGCCUCCUGGCGGAGCUCAAGUCCAGGAAUCAGCUGCCUGAGCCACCCGUGGGUGUCCCAGCUGACCGGGGAGAGACAGCCACAUUCCAGGCUCCAGGUUGGCAGGGAAGCUCGGCAGCAAGUUCCAACAGGAGGGCGGCCAAGCUCCGGCAGGCAAGCACUGAGAGGUGGUUCCUCCCCAUCACGGAGGCCCCAGGCUGAGGAGAUGGAAGAACAGGUGUUCAAGGGGGACCCAGACACCCCUCAUUCCAUUUCCUUCUCGGGCAGUGGAUUCCUCUCCUUCUACCAGGCCGGGGCCGUGGACGCCCUUCGGGACCUGGCCCCCCGGAUGCUAGAAACAGCGCAUCGCUUUGCUGGGACAUCAGCAGGUGCUGUGAUUGCGGCCCUGGCCAUCUGCGGGAUUGAAAUGGAUGAGUACCUCCGAGUCCUCAAUGUAGGUGUGGCCGAGGUGAAGAAAUCCUUCCUGGGGCCCCUGUCCCCAUCCUGCAAGAUGGUGCCGAUGAUGAGGCAGUUUCUGUACCAGGUCCUGCCUGAGGACUCCUACAAGGCCACCACAGGGAAGCUCCACGUGACCCUCACCCGCCUCACAGAUGGGGAGAGUGUCGUGGUUUCAGAGUUCACGUCUAAAGAAGAACUCAUCGAGGCCCUGUACUGCAGCUGCUUUGUCCCUGUGUACUGUGGCCUCAUCCCCCCAACUUACCGUGGUGUGCGGUACAUCGACGGGGGCUUCACGGGCAUGCAGCCCUGCUCCUUCUGGACCGACUCCAUCACCAUCUCCACCUUCAGCGGCCAGCAGGACAUCUGCCCCCGGGACUGCCCAGCCAUCUUCCAAGACUUCCGCAUGUUCAAUUGCUCCUUCCAGUUCUCCCUGGAAAACAUCACCAGGAUGACGCAUGCCCUGUUCCCUCCGGACCUGGUGAUCCUGCAUGAUUACUACUACCGAGGGUACGAAGAUGUCGUUUUAUACCUGAGGCGGCUGAACGCUGCUCACCUUAAUUCUCCCUCCAAGAGAGUGAUUUUCCCCCGGGUUGAAGUCUACUGCCAGAUAGAGCUCGCCCUGGGCAAUGAGUGCCCUGAACACAGUCAACCAAGCCUUCAAACAGAGCAGGCCAGUCUGGAAGAAUCUGUACAACUUCACACACCAGGGGCUCCCAAAGAGGAGAGAAGGGGUCACCACGGUCCACCUGUGUCCCCAUCUGUGCAGACACCUGAGUCACCUGAUUCUCCACCUGUCUCUUCAUUUGAGCAGUCACCUGUAUCGCCACUUCCCUCUUCACCAUCACGUCCUCCAACUGACGUGCCACCUAUAUCCCUCCCAGCUGUGCACUCGCCACCCAGCUCAACACCUGGGCCGUCACCCGUAUCACCACAGCAGCAGAUACAACCGUCGGGAUCACCACCCAGAUCCCCACCCUCCCAGUCAUCUGUGUCACCCAGGCCAUCCCUGGGGCCUUCAGGGGUGGGGGCGCCUCAAACAUUGCCCCCAUGUUCUCCUUCGGCAUCACCUGCACAGCUACCUGUGGAGGAACUGGGCCCAGAACAGCCCCAAGCUCUCCCUGCUUCUUCAAAUCCAGACAGCACCGUGCCUCUGGUCAAUGCGAAGGAAACCACCAGCGAGCCUUAUGCAGUGGAGAGUCCUGCUGAAGACUUCAAUUGGGUGAGCAAGAUAUUCAAGAAGAACAAACAAAAGACGAGUGGCACCAGAAAGGGCUUCCCAAGACAUCCCCGAUCCGAGAAAGCAGGCAGCAAAGCGCAGUCUGCUCCCUGCCCCUUCGACGUCUCUCUGCUCUCCACUUCUGAGAGUGUCACCCACCGGCCUCCUCCCAGCCGGAUCCAGGACUACAGCUGCCUUGAGGGUGGAACUCCCCAGGGUCUCCCUGCAGGCCAGGCACUGCCUGCCCUGCCCUGGGAUGCUGUGGUGACUCCUGAGCCCCGUAAACCCAGCUUCCUAUCCACCCCCACCUGCUGUUCGCUGGGCACAGUCAGGGCCAGCACUCCAUCUAAUGCCUUGUCCCCUGAGAAAACAGCACCCCUUCCUUGGGAACUUGACUGCCAGCUGCUAGAAGAUUGUCACAGUAUAUGAUUUUGUUAGGACAAUUGACUGCCAACUACUGGAAAUCUUUGAGUGACAUACUAAGCUGCAGAACUACAUGAAUAAUACACACAAAACUGUACAAAUAACAUACCACAUAAGUGUGUCUAGGAAGUGCCUGCCUCUUUGCAGUGGCGGGAUAUCCUUGUACAGUGUGCAUUCUGCACUGCUGUACUGAGCACCCUGGAGGCCACAUCACCUCUUCCCCCUUCCUGAAAAACCAAAUAUUAACUGGACUUUUGUAAACUGAA